AUGCGUAGGAUGAGUAAAACAUUGCCACAUGCUUUAACUUCCAGUGACGCAAUAUUGCGGUUUGAAAACAAUUUUUGCUGCUCACGGAAAGGUAUUUAUGCUAAGAAUACUAGAAAGCUUUCAUUACGUGUGCAGAUACAUAUGAUGAUUAUCAAUCGCUUUGCAAGUGUCAGCAGUCGCUAUCAAAAUGGAAUCUUUUUGUGUCUUAUCCAUGACGAUGAAUCGAAGCGUUUAAAGUUUUUGCCAUGGGGUUUUCGUAUGGAAAAUUUAAUUCCGACCAGAAGCGAAGAUUCGUUUCAAGAAGAAAAAAAGAAAAGGGAAAUCACCAUUUUGGCAUGGCAAGUUCAAGACUAUAUCACCAUACUUUCAAUUCUCUACAUCGGUCACAUUCGCAAUGUUCAUGUAUUAUUGAUUGAGGAUUCGGUAGCUUACACCAUAUCUGAGACAUAA